UACGCAAUUACUUGUCAUACUUCCACAUUGCAGCAUACAGUCACUUUGUGUUAUAUUCCAAGAUGUCCCGCACAGCCGUUAUCGUUUCCACAGCACGUACACCGUUGGCGAAAGCUUUCCGUGGUGCGUUCAACAAUACACACGGUGCUGCCCUGCAGGGACACUGCAUCAAGCACGCGGUUGAGAGAGCCGGAGUUAAACCAGAGGAUAUCGAGGAUGUGUUCAUUGGCUGUGGAAUGCCCGAGGGAGCCACUGGUAUGAAUGUUGCCCGCAACGCCGCUCUUUGGGCUGGGUUGCCCGUAACUACCAGUGGUGCUACUAUAAAUAGAUUCUGUAGUUCCGGAUUGCAGGCCAUUGCCAUGGCUGCCCAGUCUGUGAUUGUUGAUCAAGUGCCUAUUGCUAUUGGUGGAGGUGUUGAAUCUGUCUCUCUGGUCCAGGAGUCUGUUGGGAAGGGAGUGAAGACCGAGCGCAAGCUAUUUAAGGAGUACCCAGGACUCUGGAUGCCCAUGAUUCAAACGGCUGAUAUUGUCGGUGCACGUUACGGUAUUUCGCGAGAGCGUUGUGACGAGUACAGUCUAAUGAGUCAACAACGUACUGCCAAGGCACAGAAGGAAGGAAAGUUCGAUGACGAAAUUGUUCCUAUGACAACGAUGAUGAAAGUCAAGAACAAGGAGACCGGAGAGAUUACAAAGCAGGAGGUCACGCUGGACAGAGACGACUGCAACAAGCCCAAUACAACUCUAGAAGGUCUACAAUCUCUAAAGCCCAUCCGUGGUGAAGAGGAUCCUAACGCUGUCGUCACAGCCGGUAACGCCAGUCAAUUGAGUGACGGUGCCAGUGCGUGUGUGGUCAUGGAAGCCGGUGAGGCCGAGAAGCGUGGAGUUACACCUCUUGGUAUCUUCAAGGGUUUCGCCGUUGCCGGAUGCUCGCCCGAGGAGAUGGGCAUCGGACCCGUCUUCGCCAUCCCCCGCCUACUACAGCGCCACGGUCUAACCGUUGACGAUAUCGACCUGUUCGAGCUCAACGAAGCCUUCGCUGUACAGGUACUAUACUGUGCCGAUAAGCUCAAGAUCCCCAUGGAGAAGCUCAAUGUAAACGGAGGGUCUAUCGGUAUCGGUCACCCCUUCGGCAUGUCUGGUUCACGUCUUACUGGACAUGCGCUGAUUGAGGGCAAGCGUCGCGGUGCUAAGCACGUGGUGGUGACCAUGUGUGUGGGCGGCGGUAUGGGUGCCGCUGGUCUAUUCGAGGUAGUCCACUAAAUUAUACGUUCUAUUUAAAAAGGAACGAAAAAUUGAAUGUAAAUUUGUCUAAUUUAGAAUGCUGUGGUAAAUUUAAUAAUUAAACUCGAAAAUGUAGUAGAACAUAAUCUCAUCACCGA